UCUUCAGCUUCUUUUAUCGAGAAUUCUGACCGAUACUAUAUAUUUUUCUGUUUACUUGCAGUGUUACAAUCAAGGUAAUAGCCUUCUUGAUCAAUGAAGAAAGAUAAAUUGGUUCUUAUCAAUGUCUUAAGCUAAUAUAUUGAAGUGAUUGCCUGAUGUCCUGAUGUCGACAAGUGCAUCUGGCUGGAUGGAGCCCGUGCUGCUUGCCUUUGAGGUAGAAAAUAAUGUCAAAAAUCGUAGGAUAUUCAGAACGGUAUCUAGGGAGAUAUGUGGUGAAUCUAUGGAGCCAUCUGAAGGAGGCAUCGUCUUGUUUGGUACAAUUCAACACAACAGUUUGAAAGAUGGAGUGGUUUCUGUAGCAAGUGGAAAAAAUGCAAACUCUAAUGUAUUUGACCCAAACGAUAGAUCCUUUUACCACUGGUUGGAUUUUUUGUUUGUCAAUAAAGAUUUUCAGCAAAAUGGCUAUGGAUCAAUCAUGGUGCAGCAUUUGGAACAAAAGUUGAGAGCUAAACUAAAAAGACCAAUAAGGCUGAAAAGUGCUGAAAAGGCAAAAGGGUUCUUUCAAAAACUAGGCUAUGAGCCAAUAGGAGAACCAAUCAGAAAUGUUGAUCCAGGAUGUCAUUUAUUUAGAUGCCUUCAGCUUAUGGAGAAGUUUAAUAAUGAGUUCAUUAGGAAGGUUUAAUCACAAACCAUCAUGUUCAUUAUUUUCUUCGGUAUUUUUAAGGAAGGUACAUUUUAUAUUAGGGGAUGGCUGGGGCUUUAUAGGGUAGAAGGGUCAUAAGUAAAAAUUUCAAAUUUU